GAGUUAUCGCCAUAUCAGUACGGUGAACGCAUUCAAGCCUUCAAGGCGUUCGGAGCGGUCUUAGUGCAUGUGAGGGUGGGAAUUGGGGAACUUUACAGAUGAGGCAGUAAAUCCAGUGGCAAGAGACAACAGGGACAAACAGCUGACAGCAGAGAAAAAAACAGCUGUCUUGGUAAAUAGCUGACAGUAGACACAGCGACCUGACAGAUUUCCACCAUAUUGUACGUUUAUCAAGACCCAAGAUGAAACCGUCACAGCUGAAACUGCUGAGUUGCGCAGAAGACGGCGACGCGGUAGGAGUCAGGGAGGCCCUGGUGCGUGGGGCUCAAGUGAACCAACUGGAGGAGGACAGGAAUGACCCGUCGUGCAGCGGUCGUGCGGCUCUACACUACGCCACGCGCGAGGGUCACCUUAACGUCGUCCGUGUCCUCUUGCAGUGGAACGCCGACGUCAACAUCAGGAGCCGGCGGCCCGACGAUGACGGAGCCCCGCCGCUGCACAUGGCUGCGUACGCCGGUCACGUCGAAGUCAUGAAGUCUCUGCUUGAAGGAGGCGCUGACGGCGAGGCCAAGGACAGCAAGGGCAAAACUGCAGUCCACUGGGCAGCUCUACAAGGCCAACUCGACUCCCUGAAACUCCUGAAGAACUACCACUGCGAUCUGAGCGCCAAGGUGGAGCGCAAAGCUAAUGCCAUGCACUUCGCCGUGGCCUCUGGGGACCUGGAGGUGGUGGCCUGGCUCUUGGAGAACGGCGUGAGGAGCGAUCAGAAGGAUAAGGACAAGAAGUUACCCUUAGACCUGGCCAAGAGGCUUGGACACACCCACAUACACACGUUCCUCAAGCCAACAGGAUCACUCAGAUAUAAACUGAGAAUGUUCAACAAGUCAUCAUUCCUCGCGCGGUCACAAACCUCUGGCAGCUACAGGGCUCCACAGUCCCCCGACGCCCAGGACUCUCCUGGAGCGCCGUCAGGAGCCUGGAGGAACGACUCCAGUAGUGAACCCUCCCGCUGGAUGACCCACUUCCCUGCCACAGGGAGACAUAGGAAGGACUUCUCCGAGAUCGAGAGAGAAGCAGAGGCAGGACCUUCAAGAGAGACGAGGCUUGAAGCCAGCCGACCCACGGGAGAAAGGAGGAGUUCGAAGGAAGUUCUGAAAGAGGAAGCUAGGGACGUGAGAAGACUCCAGGAGGGACUCCAGAGGGGAGAAGAAUGUCAGUCACCUGACUUAGACACCGGCGCCGUCAGCAUAGCUCGUCUCUCCAGACAACUGGAUCAUACACUCCAGCUGCUUCUCCAGACCAACCGUCGGCUAGACCAAACCAUCCAAGAUCUGGAACACACCAAUCACCGUCUUGAACAAUCAAAUCAACUGUUGCAACAAACUAAUAAUCAGCUGGAACAGGUCAAGCAAAGUCUAAACCUAUCCAACCAACAGCUGGACCUGACCAAGCAACAACUGGACCAAACCAAUCAACAGCUGAGAGAGACAAAGCAGCAGCUGGAACAGACCAAUCAGAGGCAGGAACAGACCAAUCACAGGCAGGACCAGACCAAUCAGAGGCAGGACCAGACCAAUCAGAGGCAGGACCAGACCAAACAACAAUUGACAGAGCAUGGUGGUAAUGAGCAUCACGUAACGUCCCAUAGCGCCCCACACAAACUGUCAACAUCUAGUAACGACCCUCCCGGGAACCACUCGGAAGUACAUACAACUGCCCCGAAUCAUUCUGAAGUGGCGUCGCCCUCCGGCCUGCCCAACCUCGGCAACACCUGCUACAUCAACUCCGUCAUCCAGUGCCUCUUCAACAUCAACUCCUUCAGAGACUACUUCAUAAACGACACAUACAGGUUCCAAGUGAACAGGGAGAGUGAACACCGAGGGGAAGUUGCCCACACGCUGGCUGGCACUAUGAAGGCCCUUCACUCUGGCGACUUUGACAGCAUCAGAGACGCGGCCAAGGUGCUCAAGCAUGUUGUUGGAGCACAAGACGAGGAGUUUGAGGGGUCGCACCAGCACGACGCCCACGACCUACUGGCCGACCUCCUCACCUGGCUCCACAACGACCUAAUGAAGGCUAACUGGUCCUCCGUAGUGUCGGAACUCUUCCACGGAGAGGAGGAGGCCCUCAUUAUCUGUGAGGAGCGCUCUGAGGAGACCCUCAUCUCCAGCACCUGUCAACCCUUCAUCAGCAUCACCCUGCCGGUCAACCACGCCCACCCCUGCCAGCUCCAGAUGUUACUGGAGAGGCACUACGAGCCCCAAAGAAUAGAGUGGGACUGCAAACCAUGCGGAAGGUCUCACCUGUGUCGACAUGAGAUCAGGAUCGUUCAUUUCCCUCCCUUGCUGGUUAUCCACCUCAGCAGGUAUAACGGCCGCGACCCGCAAGCAGCCACUAAGACCAGCGUCAGGUUCCCUACAGAAGACCUCCACCUGCAGGGCCACAAGACACCCAGUCCCCGCUACGAGGCGUGUGGCUUAGUGGUCCACCACGGCACUAUGACCGCCGGCCACUACGUCGCCUUCUGCAGGAACGACAACGGCAGCAACACCUGGCGACUCUACGACGACGACACCGUCACCAGCACCGAUCUCAACACUGUCCUUGAUCAGAACCAAGUUCACCUACUGUUCUACAGAAUGAAUGAAUGAUAUACAGGAGAAGAUUCCCAUGGGGAGAGCCUUGAAGUGGGGACAGCUGAAGAGAAGUCGGUGAGCUGAAACGCUGAAGUUGAAGAGAAAAGUGGCAGGGUUUGACCCAGCUGCGUGUCUUUAGUCGAUGCUGAAAGCAACCCAACAUCUGGCUAGGCUGGGAGACGGGUCAGAAAGGCGGCAGUGGCAGUACUUCUUCAAUAAAGGUAGAGACAGUCUCAGGUGGUGUCUACUUUCUUCUUCUGAUCUGUCUAACAGAGCGAUGAAGCCACCCAUAUAAUGCUGUACUGAUGACUUCGUGGUAUAUCAUCACACUCAACAUCAGGGGGUCGUAACUGGGGUAUCAAUAAUCUAUGCCGGAUGGGGGUAUAAGAACCACAUAGAUCUCUGAACAAUUAGUAAAACAAAAUGUGACUAGUCUAGAAGGUAUUAUAUUUUGAUUGCACAAAAACAACAGGAAAAAUCUCCAUAAUUUUAGCAAGCUUGUGUAUUUCUGAUUUGUCGUUUAUUCGCAACAAAAUAAACAUGAUAAAAUC